CUUUACUCCUGUCACAUUCUGUCACCAAAAGCUGUGUACUCAAUCACACUCAAACAAACUUGAUUGGCCAGCAACCUUUCCGUGUUCAAGAUGAAGAUCACUCCCAUUGUCACUGCCGUCCUCGCAGGACUUGUUGUCCUUCUUGCCAGAUGCACCACGACAACCAUGAAUGCCACGGCAAUCCCUGCUAAGGAGAUGUUAAAUCUUACCUCAAGCGACUUGGCCUGUCAGGAUCUGAAAAGGCAGUUCUACACCACCGGACCCGAUGAUGAGCAGAUCUUUCACGCCAUGAGGAGCUGUGGACCCAAAAUGCAGAACGUGGAGACGAUGAUCAAGUUCCGUAGGCCCGAGUUGAAGAAAGUAAGCCUACCUGUUCUAGCAUUCAGCACCACCGAGCGGGCAGAGUUGCCGAGCCUUGCAGCUAUCUCGGCGGCCGUCACGACCAUGAGUGAGAACGUCGAGAUAAUGGCCGAGUACCGCGAAGCCCUCGUAGCAAACCUUUCUACGAUGGAUCAGAACGCCCGGGUCGAGCGCCUGCUCUGCAACACGGACCUACCGAACAAUCCGUGCGAAAUAGGCCUCUCUGUUCUUGGUCCACUCGUCAAGAUCACCGAUAUGGACCAUAUUCUUCAGUUUGCAGACGAGGCCGCCAAAGCUCGCAGCAAGUUGCUUGAGUUCGCUCAUAGCUCCACAAAGAUUUUCGUCCACGCGUACCCGAACGACGUCUCACCACAGGCAUACACCUUGGUCUGGUCCAAGGCUUAUCGAAGCUUGCACGCGGAACUUGUGGGACUGUCGAAGAUGUUCGACCUUGGUCUUGUGGCGACUGUGUCUGUGGCGGCGGAAUAG